AUGGGGGAAAAGAACACUGGGGUGAAUGGAAUUUUACUGGGGAUGGGGAAGUGGGCCUGUGUCAAUCCAUUCAGACUUAUUGGAGUUGGACUGACAGUGUGGACGUUAGCUGUUGCUGGUUGUGGUUUGUCAAUUAAUUUCUGGUUGAUUGCAACAUGCAGAAUGUUUGUAGGUGUUGGUGAGGCAUCUUUCAUAAGCCUUGCUGCUCCUUUUAUUGAUGAUAAUGCCCCUGUUGCUCAGAAAACAGCAUGGCUGGGAAUAUUUUACAUGUGUAUACCAGCUGGGAUAGCAGUUGGCUAUGUAUAUGGUGGACUGGUUGGUGAUCAUCUUAACUGGCGUUGGGCAUUUUGGAUCGAGGCAAUACUGAUGCUUCCCUUUGCAGUUUUAGGUUUAUUUAUGAAACCAUUGCAAUUAAAAGGAUUCUCUCACACCGGAUCUAAAAAACCAUUGACCUCUCCCCUGACUGCUCCAGAAGAAGCUGUUUCAAAUUGUAACCAUGGUUUGUUACCAUCACAGGAAGAUUCCAAGGAUGGUUCAAAAAGUGCACCUAGUAAUUUGAAUCAGCUGACAAGAUUUUGGAAGGAUAUGAAGGUGCUUCAUCUUGAAAAGGUUUAUCUCGUCAAUGUCUUAGGAUACAUCGCAUAUAAUUUUGUAAUUGGUGCGUAUUCCUAUUGGGGACCAAAGGCUGGUUAUAACAUAUACCAUAUGAAAAAUGCAGACAUGACGUUUGGAGGUAUUACUAUAGUAUGUGGAAUAAUGGGAACCUUGGCUGGAGGCCUUGUUUUGGAUCGAAUGAAUUCCACAAUAUCCAAUGCCUUUAAGCUUCUCUCAGUGGCAACAUUUCUUGGAGCAAUAUUUUGCUUUGCUGCCUUUUGUUUUAAGAACUUAUAUGUUUUCAUCGCUCUUUUUGCGAUAGGAGAACUGCUUGUAUUUGCAACACAGGGCCCUGUAAAUUAUGUCUGUCUCCAUUGCGUCAAACCAAGUCUUAGACCACUAUCUAUGGCGAUGUCUACUGUUUCAAUUCACAUAUUUGGUGAUGUACCUUCCUCUCCUCUAGUGGGGGUUGUCCAGGACCGCAUUGACAAUUGGAGAGUAACUGCUUUGAUCUUGACAUCAAUUCUAUUUAUAGCCGCUGGAAUAUGGUUUAUAGGCAUCUUUCUUCAUAGCGUAGAUAGAUUUGAUGAAGAUAGUGAGGAUGAAGUAAGUGAUGCUGAGAGAGCAAACUCACCACCGUUGCUUGAGAAGAAAAGUACUGAACCGAUUGAGGUCUCUGUCGAAUCCUAAUAUUUCGUUGUGUAGCUGCCACAAAUGAAAUGUAAAUCCGUUGGUUCUUUUUCUGGAUAAUUUGUUUUUCGUCAGCUUUCACGUACCUUGACCAUUCCUUCUGCGUACCUGUUACCUCUCACCAACACAGUCUACCCAAAGGCUUAAUGUAAAUUCUUUAUUCUUUUCUGUGUAAAUAAUGUUGCACUCCAUAAAGAGAAGUGGUUGAAAUGUUCAUAUUGAUAUCAUCAAAAGUAGCUACAACAUUGAGUUUUGGCUUACCAUUGACGACAUUAUUUUAUAUUA